AUGGCAACAGAUAAACAAGGAAAAAUUGUUAUUAAUUUAGCUGGUGAUGUUAUGAUCGGUCGUUUAAUUGAUCAACUACUUCCGACUUCUGUUUAUAAUCCUGAAGAAGCAUCUAUCAUCCGUCAAUUUCGAUUAUCUCAAAGUUCACAUUGUCCUUAUUUACAAGAAGGUAGAUAUAAUUAUGCAACUGUUUGGGGAAAUACGAUUCCAUUGUGGAAAACGGGAAAUUUGAAUAUUAUUAAUUUGGAAACAUCUAUGACUACUCAUGAUAAACUUUGGCCUGGUAAAGUUUUCAAUUAUCGUACUCAUCCUGCAAAUAUAGCUUGCUUAACAGCGGCAAAUAUUCAUCAUGUUUCUCUUGCUAAUAAUCAUACUUUAGAUUUUGGAGUAAAAGGACUUGAAGAAACAUGUGAAAGUUUAGAUAGAUCUGGUGCUGGUAAAACACGUGAGCAUGCUCUUGGUCCAGUUUUUAUUGAUGUUCCUAUAACAUUUUCACCGAUUGUUGAAAAGAUACAACCUGUAUUGAUCAAGCCGGCAGCGCCCAGUUCUUCUUCUACAUCACUUAGAAUUGGUUUACUUUCAGCAUCUGAUCAUCCAUCAGAUUGGUCUUCCAUUCCUUCAUUUCAUCUUCUUGCUUGUUAUGAUCUUCCAUUACUGUAUGCUCAACUUGAACCUCUUAUUAGUAAUGCUCGUUUGAAUUCUGAUUUCGUUAUUUUUUCUGUUCAUUGGGGUCCAAAUUAUCAAUGGAUACCAGAUAAGAAAAUUCAAGAACUUGCUCGAUGGAUGAUUCAUCAAGGAGUUGAUCUUAUACAUGGACAUUCAAGUCAUCAUAUACAAGGUAUAGAAAUUGUUCAACGUACAAAUGGAACUCAUGGUUUAAUAUUAUAUGGUUGUGGUGAUUUUCUUGAUGAUUAUGCAAUUGAUCAACAAUAUCGAAAUGAUCUUGGUGCACUCUUUCAAUUACAUCUAUCAAUAUCACCUUUACCUUCACAAGAUGGAAAGUUAAAAUCAAUCCGUCUUCAAUCACUUUCUAUUUUUCCUACACGAUGUUCUAAUUUUCAAGUUAAUCGAUUAAGUUUGCAAGAUGUCGAUUGGACAUGGAUAAAAGAAAAACUCGCUCAAUUAAGUAAUGUUGAUAGAAGAAUAUGGACACUUGGUCAAAAUGACGACAUACAAAUUGAUAUUGAUACAUAA